CUAUCCUCUACUAGUAGCACCGUCGCGUACUCUUUAAAGCAAUUACAGUCCAUUGCUUGCCUCACCGAAACUACUUGUUAGUCUAGCGAUUCACCUUGCUGCUAGCUUUCCCGUUUCGGUACCGAAUUAAAAACGUAUUGUUCGUAUUCGUUUACCGUUAGCUAAACACAUUCACAGUAUGAUGUGGAGUCGUCCAGUGCUCCGCCGCAAUAUUUCUACGACGCGCGCGUCGUCGUCGUCGCGUCGUUUCCUGUCGGCCAUUACGGGUGUCCACGGACGCGAAAUCAUCGACAGUCGGGGGAAUCCCACCGUCGAAGUCGACGUGACGACGGCGCAGGGAACCUUCACCGCGUCGGUGCCGUCCGGAGCUUCCACCGGCAUUUACGAAGCUUCCGAACUCCGGGACGGCGGAUCGCGGUACAUGGGCAAGGGCGUCCUCACCGCCGUCAAGAACGUCAACACCAUUCUGGCCGACGCCGUUAUGGGCAUGGAUACUGCCGAUCAGCGAGCGAUUGAUCAAGUCAUGCUGGCGACGGACGGAUCGCCCAACAAGGCCAAUCUAGGCGCCAACGCGAUCUUGGGCAUUUCCCUCGCCAUUAGCAAAGCCGGUGCGGCGUCGCGUGGCAUUCCCUUGUGGCAGCACUACGCCGACAUUGCCGGCAAUCCCAUCCCGCACACCCUCCCGGUGCCCUGUUUCAACGUUAUUAACGGUGGCGAACACGCGGGCAACAAACUCGCUUUCCAGGAGUUCUUUGUCAUUCCUACCGGUGCCGCGACCUUUACCGAAUCCAUGUCGAUUGGUUGCGAAAUCUUUCACAACUUGAAAAAGGUCAUCAAGGGAAAGUUCGGUGGUGACGCUACCCUCAUUGGGGAUGAAGGCGGAUUUGCGCCGCCCUGCGAUGUGGAAAGCGGCCUUGAUAUGAUCAUGGAAGCCGCCGACUUGGCCGGAUACACGGACAAGAUCUCCGUUGGUCUCGACGUGGCCAGUUCCGAAUUCAAAGUCAAAGGAAAGGACCAGUACGAUUUGGAUUUCAAAACAACCGGCGCCGAUAAGGAUACCUCCGCCGUCAAGUCUGGUGACGAAAUGAUCGCCUACUACAAGGCAUUGAUUGACAAGUAUCCUAUUGUGACGAUCGAAGAUCCCUUUGACCAGGACGACUGGACCAACUGGAGCAAGAUUGUUGCGCAAGUCGGUGAAAAGGUACAAAUCGUUGGAGACGAUUUGACCGUUACAAACCCGGUCAAGAUUCAACAAGCCGUCGACGAAAAGGCCGCCAACUGUUUGCUCCUCAAGGUCAACCAGAUUGGUUCCAUCUCCGAAUCCAUCGACGCCGUCAAACUUUCCAAGCAGAACGGCUGGGGCGUUAUGACCUCGCACCGCUCGGGAGAAACCGAAGACAACUACAUUGCCGAUCUCGCCGUUGGACUCUGCACCGGUCAAAUCAAGACCGGCGCACCCUGCCGCGGCGAACGUACGGCCAAGUACAACCAGUUGCUCCGUAUCGAAGAAGAACUCGGCGCCGGCGCCAAAUACCCCGGCAUGGGAUUCCGUAAAACCGAAUGGAUGGCGUAACUGCAACAACUGUGCAAUGAUGGACCACCGCAGUAGACUAAUUCCGAACAGAGUCGUAUGCGAGAGAAAAAAGUUGUAUAAAGGUGAUUUAUAAGAUUCAUUUUAUGCCU